AUGAGUCCUGCGGCGCGCACCCUUCCCGCCAAGGCGAACCCUCUGAUGACCGACGCGGAACAUCAGGUCCCAUACACGGAGCUGGUCUCGCGUCGCCGCCUCGGCCGCACCAAGCUGACCUCUAAGAUGGUGGAUGCCAACGAGGAGGGCGACUGGUCGAACACUCUCGGGGCCGCGUUCGACUACGCGCACUUGCGCGCCCCUCUACCCAAGGGCAUCGUUUCUGGCAUAUUCAAGUCGAGCCCGAACAGCUACUUCCUCAUGCGUCGAAGCGCUGACGGUUACGUGUCCGCUACCGGGAUGUUCAAGGCUACGUUCCCCUACGCGGAGGUUGCAGACGAGGAAGCGGAGCGCAAAUACAUCAAGUCGCUGCCUACCACCAGCCCAGAGGAGACAGCCGGUAACAUUUGGAUUCCAGAGGAGCAAGCCCUUGAGCUGGCGGCAGAGUACAACAUCACCCCUUGGAUCCAGGCUCUUCUGGACAACACCCCCAUCACUACUGCUGGCAGCAACGGCGAGUCGCCGGCUAAGAUGGCCAUGCCGCCUCGAUUCGAGUCCUCCAAGCCGUCGCUCGUGCCUCCCACGCCCAGCAGGUCUUCGAGGUCGCGUCGCUCCGUGAGCCCCACCAAGAGCGUAUCCAAGCGCUCGACUGCGUCCCCACGCAAGCGUAGCACAAAGGCCAAGGCCCAUAUCAUCGAAGUCUCUAAGGAGGAAGACGAUGAGAGCCGAGUCAAUGGCAGCGAUGUCGUCCUGAAGACGACCGAAUUCGAACCUCAAGUCGUGCUCGAGCCCCGCGAGGAGGACCCCAAGGUUUCGGUCGAAGUUAAGGAAGAGAUCACCAAGGGUCGCAAGGGUGCCGAGUCCAAGCUUAUCAGCACCGAAGUCGACAUCCCCUUGCCUAAUGUUGGCAAGCCGCCAAGCGCGGAAGAGAUUGCCGAUAUGAUCAACUCGGCUAAGGAGAUGGUUCAAGCGCAUAAGGAGCCCGCAGAUCAGGUGUCGACGGAGGAGUCCGAAGAGAAGAAGUCGAGCAAGAAGAGCAAGCGCAAGGCGCAAGAUAUCUCCCUUGGCGAUAAGGAGGACGAGAAGAAGGACGCAGAGGAGCUCGCUAUCGAGCCGCGGUCGAAGAAGGCUAAGACGGCAACCGAGUUGAAAGCAGAGAAGGCCAAGAACCGCGCCCUCUUGGGUAUUGCUGGUACUCUGAUGGUUGGCCUUAAAGCUACGCAAAAGACUACCGCCGAGGUCGUCGCCCUCACGGGCAUGCCGAAGAACACAAUCAAUGAUAUUUUUGCCCGAGCUAUCGCGAGAGGCUUCGACCCUGCUGUCCGGCCGAUCGUCCUCACAGACUCCCUCCUCGCCGAUGCUCAUCGAUGUGGCCGCCCGUCUAAGCAGGCUCUUGCUCGAGAAGAGGUUAAUAAUCUUGUACGCCGCGAUCGCUAUAGAAGGGAGAAAACGUGCGCUGAUAUCGCCGGCGAUCUUAGCCACAUUGGCAUCGAUAUCUCGGAACGGACGGUCCUUCGAAUACUACGGGAGGCUGGCUUCCGAAAGACGGAGCCGACGAGGAAGCCUGGUCUGACGUAG